AUGCUCAGGUCGGAGCCGCGCCAGUGGAAGCAAGACGAGGAUCUGGACGCCUUGCAUGGUGUGACAGAGGCCGAGCGAUUGGUCUUCUUGCGUCGAUCCCUCGCCCGGGCCCGCCUCCAGGGCUUGGAGCUCGAAUCCCAGCGCUUGCAGCACGAGAAGGCCUUAGCGGAGGCCUAUGUGCAGCGGCGGGAGAAUCAGAUUGCCCAGCGGCGAGAAGAGCGGCAAACAAGGCUUCGCGAGCUGCAGCAGAAGGCGCGCCCGCCGCCACGCAGCCCAGAGCUAGAAGCCGAAAAGGAUCCGGAGGUGUCGGCCCUCUUGGCACACCGCCCGUCGCUGAAGAAGCGAUUGCGUCCGCCUUUGCAGCAAAGUGCCCUCUCCUCGGCAGCUCCGCUCUCCCCGCGGUCCCCGCAAUCUCCGCGAUCUCCGCGAUCUCCACUGGCGUCGAGCUCUGCUUCGCCAUCUCCGAGGAAGCCGGCGGUGCCCAAACCACCGGCUCAACGAGCAGCUGCCCGGCCGCCUGAGGAGGCUCCGUCGGCCAAGCAGCCCCAAAUGCCAAGAAAGGAGCAUCUGCGCGCGACCCAACACCAGCUACUGAAAUCGUGUGGCGUGGUGGUCUACAAGCAGCAGAUGAAGGCUCACUUCCGGCGAAUUCUGGAGGCAGUGGAGGUGGGCUACGGAGCAAGUGCUGGUCAUCAGAAGAAGAUCUUGUCCAACUUGGCGAGGCCAGUCUCCACAGAUGCGCAUCAGCACCGGCACCGUGCUUGA